GGCUGGUGGGCGGGCGGGCGGCUGAGGCUCGGGGCCUGGUCCCCUAGCACCAUGGCCAAGACCGUCGCGUAUUUCUACGACCCCGAUGUGGGCAACUUUCACUACGGAGCUGGGCACCCUAUGAAGCCCCAUCGCCUGGCAUUGACUCAUAGCCUAGUUCUGCAUUAUGGUCUCUAUAAGAAGAUGAUCGUCUUCAAGCCUUACCAGGCCUCCCAGCAUGACAUGUGCCGCUUCCAUUCUGAGGACUACAUUGAUUUCUUGCAGAGAGUCAGCCCCACCAACAUGCAGGGUUUCACCAAGAGCCUUAAUGCCUUCAACGUGGGUGAUGACUGCCCAGUGUUUCCCGGGCUCUUUGAGUUCUGCUCUCGAUACACAGGCGCAUCUCUGCAAGGAGCUACACAGCUGAACAACAAGAUCUGUGAUAUUGCUAUCAACUGGGCUGGCGGUCUACACCAUGCCAAAAAAUUUGAGGCCUCUGGCUUCUGCUAUGUCAAUGACAUUGUAAUUGGUAUCCUGGAGCUGCUCAAGUACCACCCUCGGGUGCUCUAUAUUGAUAUCGACAUCCACCAUGGUGAUGGGGUUCAGGAAGCCUUCUACCUCACGGACCGUGUCAUGACUGUGUCCUUCCACAAAUACGGCAAUUACUUCUUUCCUGGAACAGGUGACAUGUAUGAAGUUGGAGCAGAGAGUGGCCGCUACUAUUGCCUCAAUGUGCCCUUACGGGAUGGCAUUGAUGACCAGAGUUACAAGCACCUUUUCCAGCCAGUCAUCAGCCAGGUGGUGGACUUCUACCAGCCAACGUGCAUCGUGCUGCAGUGUGGAGCUGACUCCCUGGGCUGCGAUCGACUAGGCUGUUUCAAUCUCAGCAUACGGGGACAUGGGGAAUGUGUCGAAUAUGUGAAGAGCUUCAAUAUCCCUCUCCUGGUGCUGGGUGGUGGUGGCUACACCGUCCGAAACGUCGCCCGGUGCUGGACAUACGAAACAUCUCUGCUGGUAGAAGAGGCCAUUAGUGAGGAACUUCCCUAUAGUGAAUACUUUGAGUACUUUGCCCCGGAUUUCACGCUCCACCCAGAUGUCAGCACCCGCAUCGAGAAUCAGAAUUCCCGCCAGUAUCUGGACCAGAUCCGCCAGACAAUCUUUGAAAACUUGAAAAUGCUGAACCAUGCUCCCAGUGUCCAGAUUCAUGAUGUCCCGGCAGAUCUCCUGACGUAUGACAGGACUGAUGAGGCUGAUGCAGAAGAGAGGGGCCCUGAGGAGAACUACAGCAGGCCAGAGGCACCCAAUGAAUUCUAUGAUGGAGACCAUGACAAUGACAAGGAAAGUGAUGUGGAGAUUUGAGAGCAGAUGGAUGCUGUGUCCCCAGGAAUUCCUUUUUACCUCUUGGGCGGAAAGGAAAAUAUGGCUCCCUGAGUCCUGAACUGGAUACCUCCAGGGCCCUUUACUAACUCUGGUGAAGGGUUUGGAAACCACAUGUGGUUCUAGAAUCAUCUACCCCUUUUCCUCAAACUGUCAUAGCCUGAUGAUGGUCCCUGCUAGGGAUGAGACAGGGACAAAGGUUUUUGGAACAUUAUGGGUGAUGAGUCCUAGAGGUGGUCCCCGGCCCCUCUGGCCCCUUAUUUGUUCCUUCCAUCUUUCCAACUCAGAGACUUCUAGAGAUGAAAGUUUUGACAGUACUGUGUAUAAAUUUUCCAUCAAUUAGGAAGUCACCUCUGAUUUCCUCCUUGGUUGCCCUGCUGUACUUCUUGCUUCCAUGCAGUGUGAACGGUGAGGGGGAGGAGGGCCUGUCUCUCUGAAACCUUAAUUGCAGAUGCAGUACAAUUGUAAGUAGGGGAGGGUGUGAAGAGACGCCGCUCUAACUGGCUUUGUGUCCAUUUUACCACCAUUUUUAAUCUAAUAAACCAAUUGGUAUUUUUUGUACCUUUCUGGUAAUUUUAAUUCUUCCUACCUACCUAUGCAUGAUGGGAAAAGGAAAUAGAGAUGAUGAUGUGUGUAAUAAAAUUGUUGCCAUUCGUUCAGUACUUUA